AUGGUUGAUCAAAUAGAAGAAAGUAUUACCAAAGCCUCAUCUUCGAUGAAAGAUUUCAAACUGAGGUGGCGUCCAUUGAUCGAGAAGCAACUUGCUCGAAUGGAGAGCUUGGAAAAUGAACUCCUCAAAAACGACAACUCUGGCCAGUUGUCUGUCACAGCUCAGUAUUUGUUGGAUGCCGAGAUGAAUAAGCUAAAUAAAUUGUUUGAGGAGAUGUCGUCGAAUCAUAAACAAAUUCAUGGAUCGAUAUCACGAUGUGGUAGAGAAUUGGAUAAGAACUUCCAGGUUGAACUUAAUGAUCUUAUAAAGAAUCAAAAGGACUUUGAAAGUAAUCCAGAGGCCUUUCAAAAGGUAAAUUCGUUGAUAUACGAACAUUUACUGAGCCUGGGAAGAAUCGACGUGGCCACCACCUUCGCCAGGGUAUGUGUUAUUUUCAGGUUUUAUAGUGUUUUGUUUUUAGGAAUCUGAGCAACUGCUUGAAACACCCAAAAAUUGUGACAUCAAACUAUUCGAAAAUAUAAUGCGGCCAUUCCGAGAAAAGAAUUAUUUGCCAGCGAUUGAAUGGAUAAAGCGAAAUGCCAGCCAUCAAAAAGAUCUUCUCUUUAAACUUCACAGACAAGUUAUUAUUACUUUGCUACAAUCAGGUAAACGUUUGAGUUAAAACACUCCAACUUAUAGGUAACAAGUCCGACGCAUUGGCUUACUGUAAAAACAUGCAGGAAUUCGGGAGCGACUAUGCAAACGAGAUAUCAGGGUUGAUGUUCGUAGUGGUGCACUAUCCAAAUGUUGGAAGACAUCAGAAUUUAUUCUUUGAUGGGAUUUGGCUUGAACUAGAAGAGCAGAUUUCACACGUAUUGUGUCAGCAUUCGGGAACGAUUCUUUCUAAACUGUAAUCGUUUUUGCUUUGGGGGCUUGUCUUUAGUUAAUGUUAUUCUUGAAUCUAAACCUUCAUUUUUAGAAUCGAUGUGGGAGCUAGUGCUGUUCCGAUGUUACUGGAAUUGCAAAGAUUCAUUACUCGGAGGACUUCUAAUGGAUGGCUGACUGAUGAACUUCCUACCGAGAUCCCAAUUUCUGAACAUGUUCAUUCGACAUUCACUUGUCCGAUUCUUAAAGUUCAGACUACAGAUGAAAACCCUCCAAUUCGAUUGAAAUGUGGUCAUGUAAUCAGUCUGGAGGCCAUGACCAAAUUGAUUCACACAUCCAGAAGCCAGAAACUGAAAUGCCCUUAUUGUCCAGAAGAAUGUACAGAAAGCGAAACUAAACGUUUAUAUUUCUAA